CACCCAACCCAACCCUCUCUUAAACCUGGGAGCAUAGCAGAAGCAUGGAGAGCUAAAUUGAAUUGAAAGACGAAAAAAGCGCGGGAACCGAAAUGGGAAGCUGUAGCAGGAAGAAAAACCAAGAUCUGGAGUUAGAGAAAGCUCGCUUAAUCAGUUUAGCACUCGAAUUCGGUUUCGACGAAUCCUCCGCCAACAAAUGCCUCCACCGUCUCAUCGAUCUCUACGGAGAAGACGGUCGCGAUUUCAUCACCGUCGAGCACUGCGGCGACGAUUUUAUCGCGACUCUAGCGGAGUCUAUGCAGGCUACUGAAGAUUGGGAUGACCUUCAGGAAAUGGAAUCACAAGCGUGCGGAACUUUGACGCACGUGCUUGACAAAACCGUUGCUCCGGAUGCCGAUGCGGAUAACGACGACGCUUCGAGAAACUACAUUAAUGUUGUUGACGACUCGCCUCAACCGCAGAAACGCAAAUGCCGCGGUAAUGUAGUGGAGUUGGAUUCGAGUGACGAUGAGGAUAUUCACUGUAGUGUUCCGAGGGGAAAAUCUGUGGAUUACAGAAGUGGCAUCACUCAAGGCUCGGUUUCAUCAACUUCCAGCAAAAUGCAAUCCUCCUUUGCAUCAAGGGAUAAAAGUGGUACUCUCACUUAUGAAGAAUUGCAAGCUCUAGAUGAUAUUGAAUUGGCCAAUGUUGUUAUCUUUGGUAAUGUUACAUUUCGACCAUUGCAGCAUCAAGCAUGUAAAGUAGCUUUGGCAAAGCAAGAUUCCUUUAUUCUUAUGCCUACUGGGGGUGGUAAAUCUCUUUGCUAUCAGCUUCCAGCAACUCUUCAACCAGGUGUCACCGUAGUUGUAUCUCCAUUACUCUCACUCAUUCAGGAUCAGAUAAUAACACUGAACCUCAAGUUUGGAAUACCUGCUACUUUCUUAAAUUCUCAACAAACUGCUUCUCAGGCCACAGCUGUGCUCCAAGAGCUAAGAAAAGACAAACCAUCAUGCAAACUUUUAUAUGUAACACCCGAGAGAAUUGCUGGCAACCAAUCGUUUCAGGAGAUCCUGAAAUGCAUGCAUCGGAAGGGACAACUAGCAGGUUUUGUUGUUGAUGAGGCACACUGUGUUAGCCAAUGGGGACAUGAUUUCCGGCCUGAUUAUCGGGGAUUGGGAUCCCUAAAGCAAAAGUUUCCAGAUGUACCCGUCAUGGCAUUGACUGCCACUGCAACCCAUGCAGUUCGUGAGGACAUACUAAAUGCUCUAAGAAUUCCCCAUGCACUCGUUCUUGAAAGAAGCUUUGACCGACCAAAUUUGAAGUAUGAAGUAAUUGGCAAGACAAAGGAACCACUAAAGAAACUCGGACAGCUACUAAUUGAUCGCUUCAGGAAUCAGUGUGGAAUUGUUUACUGCCUUUCAAAAAGUGAAUGUGUUGAGGUCUCUAAAUUUUUAAAUGAGAAAUGCAAGAUCAAAACACUGUAUUACCAUGCUGGCUUGGCUGCCCGGCAGAGAAUAGCUGUUCAAAAGAAAUGGCAUGACGGGGAGGUCCAUAUUGUGUGUGCAACUAUUGCUUUCGGAAUGGGGAUAGACAAACCUGAUGUUCGCUUCGUCGUCCACAAUACAAUGUCAAAAUCAAUUGAAAGCUAUUAUCAAGAAUCUGGAAGGGCUGGAAGAGAUAAUCUUCCUUCAGUUUGCAUUGUUCUUUACCAAAAGAAGGAUUUUAGUAGAGUUGUAUGCAUGAUAAGAAAUGGUCAGGGAUAUAAAAAGGAAAGUUUUAAGACAGCAAUGGUUCAAGCCAAAAAGAUGCAAGCGUACUGUGAAAUAGAGGUUGAAUGCCGGAGACAAACUUUACUCAAACACUUCGGGGAAUCUUUUGAUAGAAAAUCUUGCAAGUAUGGAUCUAGCCCCUGUGAUAACUGUAUCAAGACUGUAUUAUGAAUUGCUGCACCAUCAAUGUCAAGUCUGGUACGCUCUAACAAACUCUGUGGACUAUCUGGAGCAGUACCUAUAGCAUUUUUGUCCUUCAGAAAUUUUUUCUUUGAGCUUACCGCUGGAAAAGUCGAAAUAUCUUUCUUGGUCAUUAUUUUUCAGAUCUAUAGAAGAAAGAUGUCGACCCAAGAUGUACCAAACUUUUGAAGGAAAAAAAUUGAUUAACUAGAUUUGCACAUAAAAUUAUAAUUAUGCUAAACUGGAAAUGGCGUUCUAUAGAACCUAUUUCGGUCAUAAUAUUAUUGGUCUAGAAGUAGUAUUGGUUCCUUUUAAGUACAAGAACUGGAUACAGUUUUACCCAGUUGGUCCUCCUCUCCAUACUGAUGCUUCAAAUUAAAUAU